AUGUUUUUGUUUACGAAUAUACGCUUGUGUAGGAACUUAUAUAUUUUCCAAGCUUCAAAAUUUUGCAAGUAAGUUAAAAUUAUAAUUUUUUAGUAUUUUCAGAAGUAUGUCAUUAAAGCGUCAGAACCGUUUGGCAAAUGAAAAAUCUCCGUAUCUGCUGCAACAUGCGGAUAAUCCUGUAGAUUGGUUGCCGUGGGGUGAAGAAGCAUUCGAAAAGGCGAAAAGUCAAAAUAAACCUAUUUUUUUGUCUAGUAAGUUUAUGGUAAUUAAGUAAAAUUGCUAUUCAAUUUUUUUUGUAUUAUUUUUCAGUUGGGUAUUCAACCUGUCAUUGGUGUCAUGUUAUGGCACACGAAUCGUUUGAAAACAUGGAAAUUGCACAAUAUUUGAAUGAUAAUUUUGUCUCUAUAAAGGUGGACAGAGAAGAAAGGCCUGAUGUUGACAGGGUUUACAUGAGUUUUGUUCAAGCUAUGCUCGGUGGCGGAGGAUGGCCAUUAUCUGUGUUUUUGUCUCCUAGUUUGGCACCAUUUUUAGGUGGGACUUAUUUUCCACCGGACGACACGCCUAGUCAGACGGGUUUUCUCAGUAUAUUAAAGUUGGUUAGCGAACGAGUAAGUUUUUUAACAGUUCCAAAUCUUAAUAUUUUUCAUACAUUCUUCUAACACUUUUCUUGCAGUGGAAUAAAGAUAAAAGUGAGCUGGAGAAGCAGGCCGAUUAUUUAUCAAAUAUUUUGUCCGAGAAGUUGACUACCAAAGCACAUACGGAUGUUGUGGAUUUUAAAAAGAUUGAAGAUGAAAUCAUGAAAAAUUUUGAGAAAAGUUUCGACACUGUCAAUGGUGGUUUUACUGUGGCACCGAAGUUUCCCGAACCAUGUAAGAUACUUUAAGUAAAAUUCGAACGCAUUUCAUAAUCAUAAUGGAAGCUUUUUUUCUCUGUAAAUAUUAUAUGUGUACUAUUAACUUAUUGUUAAAUUUUAUUAGUGAAUAUAAUGCGUAUUGUUUUAGCAAACUUUAUUUAUCUUUUUCACUAUAUAUGUGCUAACAAGGACACAGAAAUGGCGAAGAAAGCAGAAGAGUGGGCUGUCAAAACAUUAGACAAGAUGGCUGCUGGCGGAAUACAUGAUCACAUUGGCGGUGUAAUUAAAUAUAUAUAUUUUAAAGAAGUUAUUAUUUGAGCAAUACUAUUUCUAUAAGUUACUCUGUGGUUUUUUCGAAUUAAUUUGUUUUUUAUCAUUUUAAUUUCAAAAAGUUUAAAGAAUGUUUACAGGGUUUUCAUCGUUACUCGGUCGACCCAACAUGGCAUGUCCCUCAUUUUGAAAAAAUGCUUUAUGAUCAAGCACAGUUAUUGACUGCAUAUGCGAAUUUUUGUAAAUUAGGACAUGAUUAUACGGAUGUGAUUAAAAACAUGCUUUAUUAUCUCAAAGAGCGCUUACUAUCGAAGAACGGCGGAUUUUACAGUGCCGAAGAUGCUGAUUCAUUAGCUAAAUCAGAUUCUGAAAAGAAAAAGGAGGGUGCUUUCUAUGUAUGGACAAGAGACGAAACGGACGAUUUGUUAGAGAACAUUGCAAAUGUUAUUAACGAAAAUAUUACUUAUGGGGAAUUGUUUGCUUCUACAUUUGAUGUGAAGAUUGAAGGAAAUGUGGAGAAAGUUUAUGUACGUUAUUAUAUAUUUUUUAAAACUGUAGUAUUUAACAGUGAAUUCUUUUGAUUUAUUUUUAGGAUCCGCAUAAAGAGUUGGACGGUGUCAAUGUUCUUCAUCGUCUUAAGCCGUUAGCUGAUUUAGCCCAAGAGUUUAAAAUGUCGCAAAAAGAUUACAAUUAUUGCCUAAAUGAAGCUAUAAAAAUCUUAAAAGAACGACGAGACCAAAGGCCUAAGCCUCAUCGCGAUAACAAGGUGAUUACGUCGUGGAAUGCAAUGAUGAUAAGUGGUUUAGUAGAAGUUGCAAAAACUUUACCACAUUUUGCAACUGAAGCUUUGGGUAUGGCUGAGAAAUGCUUGAAAUUUAUUGAGACAAAUUUAUGCAACGAAAAAACAGGUUUGCAACGAAGUGUUUUGGUAAACGAUGACGGGGAAGUGAACAAGAGGUAUUGUUUUUUUAAUAUUUGUAGAUUUUACAGUAUUCUCAGUAGCUAUGCUCUUUCAUCCUAUAUAGGUCUUGUUUUAAAAGCCGAGGGAUAUCUUGUGCAAUUUUUUGGUAAGGGUUUUCAAUGGUAAAACUUUAAAAGCUCAUAACUUUCUUUACGAGAAUGAAUUUAGCAAUUGAAAUUUUUUAAGCUUUAAGAUGAGCCUAAUAUUGUUUCUUAACACCGAGACAAGGUAGGACCACUUCCUUGUUAGUAUUGAUUACCGCGUUAAACCUUUAAGUCGUUUAGCGGUCCCAUAUCUGCCGUAGCAGACGACUAUGCUAACUUAAUAAAGGCAUACUUGGAUCUUUUUGAAUUUACACAAAGAGAUGAGUACUUAGAAAAGGCAAUCAAAAUACAGGUCCAGUUUGAUGACAAAUUUUACGAUAAUGAAGGCAAAGCUGGUUACUUUUUAAAUGAAGUUGGAGUUAAUCUGUUUAUGAGGCCUAAAAACGGUAAGUUUUAUUCUUAGACUUUAAAAAAGUAAAAUUACUUUUUACACGCAGUUUUAAAAUACUAUUUUUUCAAUUUCUUUUCUGGGAAAUUGUAUUAUCUAAUAUAUAUUUUGUAGAACAAGACACUGCUGAACCGUCAUAUAAUUCUAUUGCGGUUGAAAACUUGCUUCGCCUGAACAACUUUACAGCUGAAGAAAAGUAUCAACAAAAACUGAAGGAGUUGUUUCAAGGCUUAGGUGACGUUUUAACCCGAAGUCCAGCAGCACUACCCUACUUUGCAUCCGUUCUUCAGCGACAAUACAACAAUAGGCUACAGGUAUCUUUAGGAAAUUGCAGUAGUUUUUUUUGUCUUUAGCAGGGACGUCGUUUGGGGGGAGGGGGGGUAGGGGGGGGUACCCCCCUCCGCCAGAGCCAAUCCGAAAAAAAAUUCCACAGGUAAGUACCUGUACGUGCAAAAACGAAAAAUAAAAAUUUUGAAAAAUCGGUCCACAGGUAGGACGAAAACCUGUGGACGAAAAUUUUUUUUCGACCUCCCCCGAGAAAAUCCGUAGCGACGUCCCUGGUCUUUAGAUUAAAUAUUUUUUGUUAAUUUGCGAAAUUUGAAUGAGAGUUGCGUAAUUUUUAAGACCUUUUUAUUCGCUUUUUCGUUUGUUAUUUAGCAAAAAUUGCAGGUAUUAGUCGUUACUCCAACUAUGAACGACCAAACCCAAGUUGCUUUGAAACGUAUUUUUCAAACGCCAAUACCAAACAGUUUCACUGUCGUCAUUGAACUUGACAAACAGUCGUAUAUAAGAAAAAGUAACAAACAUAUUGUGGAAAUGGUCGACUAUAUGAAAGAUUGGACGAUACAGAUUUGUGAGCUCAACUCAUGUGACAUGCCAAUUAUGUCUUUGGAUGAAUUAGAAGACAAACUCAAAAAAUACCAAAAAUAG